AUAUUUACUUAUUUAAUUAUUUAUUUUAACUUGUGUCCUGUAUUCGCUUCACAACAGUACCAGUGUGAGAAUGUCCGCGUCCGCUUCGCUGCACAGGUCUAUGGAGCUGCAGCUGGAGGUCCUGCGCGAGCUCCGGCGCGCGCUGCAGCGCUCAGAGCGCGCGGAGAGCCGCCCGCUAGGACCCCGCGGCCCCUGCGACGCGGAGCGGCGUGUCCUCACCAUCGCUCAGAGAGCCCGUGCGAGCAUACUGUCUAGGCUGCUGGAGAUACUGGGUGAGCUGCUGUCCCUGGAGAAGGAGCUGUUAUCCGCUGAGCCGCGCCGUCGCACGGAUUCCCUGCGCCUCAAGGACAGCAUUGAGCUGAAGAACAUCUCCCUGCGUUUGGCCUUCAGGGAUCUGGGCUCUCAGUGUCACAGAGACUUAAAAGAACUGAGGGACUGCCUGAAGUGCAUCGUGGUCAGCCUUGUUUCUUCUCAGAAUGACCAAAACCACAAACUCUGUCUGCUCACAGAGAAGCUCAGACAGAUCAUCACCACGUUUCCUGACUUCUGA